CACGGGCGCAUUUUUGGAGUUUAUUGAAUUGCCCCCCGCCCCACCCCCUCUCCUCUCCGCUCCGCGGAGUGUCUCGCGCCUGUCGAAGAAGCUCCACCAUGUGGUGAGCGUCCUCCUGAGCUGGUGGACGGUCGCGAGGCGCCAUGGCGGAGCUGCCCAUCGCCCCGGGCGACGUCUACAUCGAGGUGGAGUACGACUACGAGUACAAGGCCAAGGACCGCACCAUCACCAUCCAGCAGGGGGAGUGCUACAUGCUGGUGAAGAAGUCCAACGGCGACUGGUGGCAGGUGAGGAAGGAGGAGGGCGCCAAGGCCUUCUACGUGCCGGCGCAGUACGUCCGCGAGGUGCGCAAAGCCCUCAUGCCGCCGCCCAAAGCCCUCCAUCAUCACGCCGCCGCCGACGUCCUCUGGGUCAAGCCCACCAGCCUGGACCUGGGUCUCCACGGCCGGUCCACGGAGAACCUCCACCAACACGAGGCCCGCCGGUCGUCCUCGGGUCACCCCAGCCCCCCCCCCGCCCCCCGCAGGGACAGCAACCCCCGCCAGCCGCCGCCCGCCAGUCCCACCGCCGACCACGACCGAGCGCUGGCGGACAUCCUCGUCCGCGCCGGGGCGGCCCCGCCCCCUCACAAAGGGGGGUCCGGCACCCUGCCGCACGCCCGGGCGCGGUCCCCGGACUUGGAGCGAGCGCCGCUGGACGUGGACGACCGCGCCCACCGCUGCGACUCGGCCGGCGAGGAGAGGCGCACCAACGACUCCGAGUCGGGGGACGAGCUGAGCGGCAGCUCCACCGAACAGCUCCAGACGGUGUCGUCGUCGGGCCACGGCCGCUCCGAGUCGCCCGUCUACGCCAACCUCCAGGAGCUGAAGCUCGCCCACGGCGGCCCGCCCCCGCUCCCCUCCGGCUCCUCCCUCCAGGUGACGGGCGACUGGGAGACGUUCAGGGACCCGAGCGGCCGGCACUUCUACUACAACCGGGCCACCCAGGAGAGGACCUGGAAGCCGCCGCGGGCCAAGGACACCAGAGAGGGCCAGAGCGCGGGGGAGAGCGCCGAGACCACUCCCCUCUCGCCGUCGUUCGACCCCUUCCUCUCGCUCUCCAUCGGGCGCCUCCAGCCCCUGUCGUCGUCGUCAGAGGACACGUGCUUCAGCGCCUGCUCCAGCCGGUCGGACAGCCGGUGUGGCUCGCCGCCGCGCGGCUGGUCGGAGGAGACGGACGCCCGCGGCCUCACGCUGUACGUCAGCGGCCGCACCAACGAGAAGUGGUUGAAACACGCCGAUGAGCAAGGCAGGCCGUACUACUACAGUGCGGACGGCUCCAGGUCAGAGUGGGAGCUGCCCAAGUAUGACAGCCCCCCCCCACAGCCGCCGGCAGACGCUCUGAAGAGCCUCAGCCUGGACAGGAAACAGGUGGAGCCCAUCGUGCUCACCAAGUGGAGGCACAGCGCCCACGUGCAGGACAUCAACGACAAGCGGCGGCGUUUCCGCGCAGGCUCGGCCCGCCAGCACCCGUACAAACACCAAGACCCUCCUCUGAGCCCAAAGCCCUCGACCCCCGACUCUGACUCCUGCCCUCCGUCGCCCAAGCCCCCCGCCUCUCCGUCUGAGAGGUGCGGCCUGCUGAACGUGACCAAGAUCACCGAGCACGGCAAGAAAGUACGGAAGAACUGGACGUCCUCCUGGACGGUGCUGCAGGGCGCCACGCUGCUAUUCGCCAAAGGCCAAGGAGGCGGGACCAGCUGGUUCGGAGGCGGUCAGUCUAAACCAGAGUUCACGGUGGACCUGCGGGGCGGCUCCGUGGAAUGGGCCUCCAAGGACAAGUCCAGCAAGAAGCAUGUGAUAGAGGUGAAGACUCGACUGGGCACUGAGCUGCUGAUCCACUCAGAAAACGACGUUCUGGUGAACGACUGGUACCGCACGCUGCUGGACACCAUCAGCACCCAUGCCUGGGAGUCUGACGAGGCCUUAGAGGAAGACAUGCCGGAGUCGCCCGGUGAGGAAAAACACGACAAGGAGAAUGAACCCAGAGACUCGAAGAAAGGCCAAGCCAUGAAGACGUCCAGCAGCGUGGACGCCUCGGACAACAAGAAGACCCGCCACAAGCUGAAGAAGUUCCUGACCCGCCGGCCCACGCUGCAGGCCGUCCGGGACAAGGGCUACAUCAAAGACCAGGUGUUCGGCUGCAGUCUGUCCAGUCUGUGCCACCGGGAGAGCGACACGGUGCCGCUGUUCGUCAAGAUGUGCAUCGACCACGUGGAGAACAGCGGUCUGUGUGUCGACGGGCUGUACAGAGUCAGCGGGAACCUGGCGAUCAUCCAGAAGCUCCGCUUCCUCGUCAACCACGAUGAGACGGUGAACCUGACGGACGAGAAGUGGGAGGACAUCCACGUGACCACCGGCGCCCUGAAGAUGUUCUUCAGGGAGCUGCCGGAGCCGCUCUUCACCUACGCCCUGUUCCACGACUUCAUCAGCGGCAUCAAGGUUCCGGACUACAAGCAGCGGCUCCAGGCCGUCACGGAUCUGAUCCGCCAGCUGCCCAAACCGAACCACGACACCAUGCAGCUGCUCUUCAAGCACCUCCGCAGGGUGAUCGACCACGGCGAGGAGAACCGCAUGACGACCCAGAGCGUGGCCAUCGUGUUCGGGCCCACGCUGCUGCGGCCGGAGACGGAGACGUGGAACAUCGCGGUCCACAUGGUGUACCAGAACCAGAUCGUGGAGCUCAUCCUGCUGGAGUACGACAACGUGUUCGGCAGGUAGAGGGGGGGGGGGGGGGGCAGGCCUCUCUCUCUCUGGUCCGGUUUGGCUCGGCUUCAUCUCAACCCUCUUUACGGACCUCUCGGAUCGGGACCAAAGACACGAUUAAUCAAUACGCAACGAACAAAUCACCUCCGAAAACAAAGCUGUAACUAAACUAGCGACCAAAAAAUAUAUAAAAAAGGACAAGAGUUUGGACUCUUUGCACGUUGUGUGCCACUUUACUGCAAAAAGGUGACGACACUGGAUCCCUAAGGGGGCGGGACCAAAGGACUCUGGACCGGCUGACCCGGUGGACGUAUGGAGCGCUCCUGGAUGAACCGCGGGAGGACACUGCGCCGCUCGGCUUUUAAGAGGAGAAGCAGAACACGGGGUGGAGGUCUGAGGAUUAACACAAACACGUUCUGCCGAUGCUGGACGGAUGUAUUUUAUUUAAAGUAUUUGGUUUUC